UAUCAGGAAAAGUGUGGUGAACAGAAAUAUAAUAAACAAUCAUUAUAAAAAUUAUCAAAUAAAACCAACCAUAUGGAUUGUGUAUAGUUUUUUGUGUUUUUUUUUUUGGGGCUAAAACAUUUUUGAUUUGGUGAAGGACUCAAAAAUUUAUUGUGUUGAUUAAAGUUUCUGUUUAUUCACAGUAUGCAGUUACAAUUUUUAUUUUUUUGUGGUAUAUUAACUUUAUUUAGUGUUUGUUGUGAUGCUGAAUACGAAUUUAUUCCAGAUUUUCGCAAAGUUCAAUGGAUUAAUGAUGAAGACGUAGAUACGGGCUAUCCAAAAUUAGAUUAUGCAUAUCGUCGACUACCAGAUUAUAUGAAAGAAAGAGCUAGAUUGUACCAUCAAAAUCACAAUAAUAAUCAACAGCAUGACAACAGACCAGCAUUUUACUAUCGAUUUCCUGAUCAUCCACCAGCAACAAAUUCAAAAUCAUCACGACCAUUUGCGGUUGACCCAUCUGAUCCAAGAUAUUAUUUAAAUUUAAAGACACCAAUCAUACCAGAUUACAAUAGUGACCUAACAAACUCAAAACUUGAUGAUGAAGAAAAUGAUGAUGAUACAAUAAUUGAUGAUACAAAUCAAGAUGACGAUACAAAUGAUAAUAAUAAUGAUAAUGAUAAUGAAUUAACAUCAACAAAUAAUAUAAAUAAACAAUUAUCACAAACAUCAAAUCAACAGCAAUCAACACCAACACAUCAACGUAAAUUAUACAAUGGUGAUUUUGUACGUGGUAGUGAUGCAAAUGGUGUUAGAAUUGUUCCAGCAACAAUCAGUGUUGAUCGUGAAAAAGAGGCAGUUGGUUUAUAUGUGAUUGCAAUUGUUGCUGGUAUAAGUGCUGCGGCCACAGUUGGUUUAAUUGUCUUCGGAUUUGGAUAUUACAACUUACAGAAAAAUGCCAAAGCUGCUGCUGACGUAGAAUAUCCAGCAUAUGGGGUAACUGGUCCACACAAAGAUGUCUCACCAUCAGGUGAUCGAAGGCUGGCUCAAUCGGCUCACAUGUAUCACUACCAACAUCAAAAACAACAAAUAAUUGCCAUGGAAAGAGCGGCAAAUGAAAGGCAUGGGUCAAUGUCUGAAGCAGAUACUGAUGAGGAAAAUGAAGAAGGUGAUUAUACGGUUUAUGAAUGUCCCGGAUUGGCACCAACGGGUGAAAUGGAAGUAAAAAACCCAUUAUUCCAAGAUGAUCCAACGCCAGCGACAGGACCAGCAAAUGAAAAGUCUCCAGCACCAAUGGGUGGUACACCAGAUUUGAAAUAACUAUUUUAAAUAAAACAAUCAUUUAAAUAAAAAAAAAUAUUUCCUCCUGGCACAAUAUUGAGGAUAAAAAAUAUUUAAAUAUGUGAUAAUGUUCAAAAGAAAGGACCAAAUGUCGAUGAUGAAAAUUAAUAUUUUUUUAUAAAGAAAUUAAAAUUUUACUUUAGCGCGAAAGUAUGAUGGGAGAUUUUGAAACAAGCGUGUGAAAUUUUAUGAGUGUGGAUUUUCUCAAAAAUCUUUAAUUUUAAUUAUAUUAAUUCUUUAAUGCUCAAUUAUAUUACUUACUCAAAUUAAAACGUCCUAAAUGCAAUUCUCAUUUUAAUUUGAACGUUUAAAUAUCUUGAAAUUUAGACGUCACAUAUGUUUUUCUUAUUUUUAUUCCCACAAAUUUUAUAAUAGUGUUAUCAACAUUCGUUUUGAAGUUAAAGCAAAACCCAAAUUUUUUUUCUAGCAAUUACCAAGAGUUUAUAUAAAUCAUUAGACUCACGACGACAUCAAAUAACAAAUACGUCAAAUUAGGGAUUUGGAGAUUAUAAUGAUAGGUAUAAAAAAAGUUAUUGAUAGUCCAUCCAUUUUCUUACUUUGCCUUUUAACCUAGCAGCGGUCAGUAAACAACUAAUUGCUGAGCAGUAUAUGGACCAAAAAAAACUAUACAAAAAAUUUGGGAUUGCCAUACUAAAUAAAUAUAAAUAUUUCAAUUUGCACAUAUUCAAGUGUGGUUAAAAAGGUGGCCAAAAAAUAAAAAUUUGCUUAAAAAUAUCCAAUUGGAAGGUGUGAUUACCUACUUCACAUAACUAUGUUUAAAACAAUAUUCUUCUGGUAAAUUUUACACCACAUUUCCUUUUCAAUAUAUUUAAACGUUUAAUUUAAAAUGGUAACGCCAUUCAACUAUGUAAAUUGAUACGAUAUAUGGACCUUUCCCAUGGACACUGACACAUAUUAAUGUUUAAACAAAAUUAUGAAUCAAAAAUAACAUGUUUUCCAAUGACUGUAAAGUUAAAUCUUAAUUUAUCUAACCUUAUGUAAUGUCCAUAUCAAGUUUGUAUCAUUUUUGAUAUUACCUUCGAAAAAUAAUUCAUAA